GCCGUGCCGGGGCCGGGGCGGCGGUAGUAGCGCAGUGCGGCCGGCGGCGGCUCCUCAGCGGUGCCGGGAGUGCGGGGGGGCCGUUCCGCCGCAGCGCCGCGCCUGGAGCCCCUCCCUCCCUCGGUGCCGCCGCGCUCCCGCCUCGCGGGCCGAGGCUGUCACGGCCGGGCGCCGCCAGCAUGUUUGACAGGACGCGGCUGCCCUUCGUGGCGCUGGACGUGCUCUGCGUGCUGCUGGCUGGCUUGCCUUUUGCAAUUCUCAGUUCACGACGUACCCCCUUCCAGAGAGGAGUUUUCUGUAGUGAUGAAUCCAUCCGGUACCCAUACAAAGAGGACACCAUUUCUUAUAAGUUGUUAGCAGGAAUAAUUAUUCCUUUCAGUAUAAUUGUUAUAAUCCUAGGAGAGACCCUCUCAGUUUUUUACAAUAAUUUGCACUCAAAUUCAUUUGUCAGAAAUAACUACAUAGCCACUAUUUACAAAGCCAUUGGAACCUUCAUUUUUGGAGCAGCUGCUAGCCAGUCGUUGACAGACAUUGCCAAGUACUCCAUAGGUAGACUGCGUCCUCACUUCCUUGCUGUGUGCAAACCUGACUGGACACGAAUCAACUGUAGUCUGGGUUACAUUGAGAACUUCACUUGUCAUGGGGAUAAAGCAACAAUCAAUGAGGGAAGACUGUCAUUUUACUCUGGCCAUUCGUCAUUCUCCAUGUACUGCAUGCUCUUCCUAGCACUUUACCUUCAGGCCAGAAUGAAAGGGGAUUGGGCAAGACUUGUACGUCCUACUAUACAAUUUGGUCUCAUUGCUGCAUCUAUCUACGUGGGUCUCUCACGUGUUUCUGACUACAAGCAUCACUGGAGUGAUGUUUUAACAGGACUCAUCCAGGGAGCAGUGGUAGCUGUGCUCAUUGUUGUGUAUGUGUCUGACUUCUUCAAAGUGCGAGGAUGUACAUUUCAACCAAAAGAAGAUUCCCAUACAACCCUACAUGAGACCCCAACAAAUGGAAAUCACUUUGGCAGCAAUCAUCAACCAUGAAGAAUGACCCCCAUCACCUGUCUUGCUCUGAAAGAAAACAACUUCACAAGUUUAACUAUGUAAUAUAAGUAAAUGCCUUUAAGGGACUGCUGCUGCUCUUGGAUGCUCACUUUACCUGUAUAUAGUAACAUCUGCCACAGUUAUUGUAUAUCUAAACAUAUAAUUUCUGUUGGUUAUAGCGGUUGCUUAAAAGAAAAAAGCUAUUCCACUUGUAAAUUUUUAUUGAAAAACAGUAACAAGUUAUAUUACAUACACUGCUGUUUGUAUAUGCCUUGUUGAAACAACUGUGGUCUAAGUACACACAAUUAAAAGAAAUUACUUGACAUGGAAGUCACAUGUGAUGCUGAUGAACUUGUUCCAUCCUAUAUGUGAAUAUAGUACUGUUUCUGGAAGACAUCUUUUACAGGUAAAGGCUUGCAGCAAACACAAUAUCUCUUUUGAUUUUUGUAAUCCCUAUUAAAAAAGGAAAAGGGUAUUAAUAUCCAUCAGUCUUAAAUGACACAAUCACUGUUUUCAGUACAGUUACAAGCAUGUUACAAGUAUUAAAUGGACGUCCUCCUACAUUCAUUUUCAGUCACAAACUUAGUUUAACUGUCAUUAUGUACCUCUUUUAAGUCAAACUUCGUAACACAAAUGUUAUCUGGAAAGAUAACCAAGAGCAGUGAUCCCAUAUACCCUGAAGUCAACACCAGAAGUUUACAUUACCAAUUCAUUCACUUCUAGCCAUCACUACUGUGCAGCCCCAACCCCCCUCUGGCACUUAUCUUUUAGGUGCUUUCUAGAAUUACUUUGUAGACAGUGAAAGUGAAAUACAUACCCUCUGCAAACUUGUUUUCCAGUUCUGUGUUCCCAAUGGCUUUUGCAGCCUGGCACAUCUGCCGAAGCAGUUCUUCCAGCCGCCUCAUACAACGAAUUAUGCUUCCUGCAUAAAGAGUGAGGGAAAACCUUGUAUCACUUUCUGCCACAUCAUGUCACUGAGUAAUUCAGGACCAAAGUAAUACUUCAUUCUUCAACCCUGUUCGAUUUAUCUAGAAGCCAAGAGUAAGAACAGCCAUAUGUCUUUAAACUUGGUUUCUGUUUGCACAGUAAAUUUGUCUCUGAAGAUAGAGGGACAAGGAUUUGGAAACAGCUUCAAGGAAAUGCCUGACAGUCUCUACCGAGUCAUAGGACUUUAUGGGCUGUUAAGUUAUAUUCCUAGGGGAUUUUUCUUUCAAGUACUUCUUAAAACUUUCCUCAAAAACCAUAAGUGAUUAGGGGAUUCAAAAGUUUGCUGCUUCAAGAACCACCAGAGAUCUACUUUUGGUUUGGUUUUGUUGUUUGUUUGGGUUUUUUUUGUGUUUUUUGAUAACUCUUAGUUCUUUAGUUGAGAGAAUGUAAAAGAGUAAGUGAUCUAACUUACUACUGCUGUGCCACUCAAGAGUCCAUGGACUACUCUACCACUCAACUGCAUGAUUACAGUAAUAUAAUAAAGUUCUGUCUUGACACAGCUCCUACACUGCAA